GCGUGCGACUCCACGAAACAAAACAGGUCUGGGCUGCAAAAGUAUGGCAGCUGCUGAGGCGGCGGUGGUAUCGUCGUCAUCCUUGAAACCAGAUACAACCCCAGUCCCCGAAAGUGCAGGAAUGGCUGCAGCCACGGCCGCCACAUCCUCAGCGAUGGCUGCAGCCGCGGCGGUUGCGGCCAGGACCGGAUCCGAAGCCAGGGUCUCCAAGCCCGCGUUGGCUACUAAGCUGCUGUCCCUGAGCGGCGUGUUCGCCGUGCACAAGCCCAAAGGGCCCACUUCAGCCGAGCUGCUGAAUCGGCUGAAGGAGAAGCUGCUGGCAGAAGCUGGAAUGCCUUCUCCAGAAUGGACCAAGAGGAAAAAGCAGACUUUGAAAAUUGGGCAUGGAGGGACUCUAGACAGUGCAGCCCGAGGAGUCCUGGUGGUUGGAAUUGGAAGGGGAACAAAACUGUUGACCAGUAUGUUGUCAGGGUCCAAGAGGUAUAUUGCCACUGGUGAACUGGGGAAAGCUACUGACACGCUAGAUUCUACGGGGAAAGUAACAGAAGAAAAACCUUACGAUAAAAUAACACAGGAAGAUAUUGAAGGCAUUCUACAGAAAUUUACUGGGAAUAUAAUGCAAGUACCUCCUCUCUAUUCUGCAUUAAAGAAAGAUGGACAGAGACUUUCAACUUUGAUGAAGAGAGGUGAAGUAGUAGAAGCAAAACCUGCCAGGCCAGUUACCGUGUACAGUCUUUCCCUUCAAAAAUUCCAGCCACCAUUUUUCACAUUAGAUGUUGAAUGUGGAGGAGGUUUUUAUAUCAGAAGCUUGGUCAGUGACAUUGGCAAAGAACUGUCUUCCUGUGCCAAUGUGCUAGAGCUGACCCGCACCAAACAGGGACCCUUUACACUGGAGGAGCACGCCCUUCCCGAAGACAAAUGGACAAUUGACGACAUUGCACAGUCUCUUGAGCAGUGCUCAUCCCUUCUCCCAGCAGAGACGGCACUUAAAAAAUCAAAACCUGAGGAGUCUAAUGAGCCAGUUUUGAGCUGGCUUUCGGGACCUUAGUUCCCCGACCAGGGAGUGAACCUGGGCUGUGGCAGUGAAAUCACCGUGUCCUAACCAUUGGACCGCCAGGGAAUUCCCAGCCUGGAAAAAUUUGACACCAACCUGGCAGGCAGCCCAAAGUGGUGGGGCGGGGUGGUGGUGGGAUGAAUUGGGAGAUUGGGAUUGACAUGUAUACACUAAUAUGUAUAAAAUGGAUAAUUAAUAAGAACCUGCUGUAUAAAAAAUAAAUAAAAUAAAAUUCAAAAAUUGAAAAAAAAUUUGGGUCUUUGUGUUGGGUCUUCGUUGCGGCGCGGGGCUUCUCGUUGUGGUGGCUUCUCUUGUUGCAGAGCACGGGCUCUAGGUGCACAUGCUUCAGUAGUUGUGGCGUAUAGGCUCAGUAGUUGUGGCUUGCGGGCUUUGUUGCUUCGCAGCAUGUGGCAUCUUCCUGGACCAGGGCUUGAACCCGUGUCCCCUGCAUUGGCAGGCGGAUUCUUAACCACUGCAUCACCAGGGAAGUCCCUUCUUCCUUAUUCUGAGCUCUAUGCCUUCAGAGCCUAUUCUGAUUAUCCUAUGAUGUCUGCCUCUCCCUCUUCUCUGUUAGAAAUGGAAAGACAUGGAAGCCACUUGCCUUUUACUGAAUGAAGAAUUAGUUAAAGAAGUAAAAAUUGAUAGGAAAAAUGAAAAUAUAAAUGAGGCAGUAUACUAACAGGAAUGAGAAGAUAGUUGACUCAAUUAAAAACUGACAGGAAGGAAAAAAGAAAAGAGGGAAGAGAGGACCAAAAUAAUAACCUGAAUGACCUAUUUGUUAGAAAAAUAACAUCAGAGAAAGUAGAUAUUGUUUAUACUCAUGUAUAUUUCUAUAGAGUAAAAUUUAUAGAUAUCAUAUCUGAUCCUUUCUGAGUAAAGAGAGCUGCAGGUAGAAUUAAGAAGAGAUUCAAAGAAAUGUAAAACCCUAGCACAUGCUAUGUCUACCUGGAAUGGUUACUCAUCUGCUCUAAACUAUGAAGUGUUUAAGACUCAGCUUUAAUGUAAUUAAGAUACAUAAACUGUAUUUACAUGUAAGUUUGUACACUAUGUACAUUGUAAAAUGUAAAUUGGUACAGCCUCUAUGGAAAACAGUAGGGAGGUUCCUCAAAAAAUUAAAAAUAGAACUGCCAUAUGAUCCAGCAAUCCCACUUUGGUGUGUGUACCCAAAGGAAAUUAAAUCUCUAUCUCAAAGAGAUACCUGCACCCCCAUGUUUACUGCAACAUUAUUUAUAAUAUUCAAGCCAUGGAAACAACCCAAGUAUCCAUCGAUGGGUGAAUGGACAAAGAAGAUGUGGUAUGUAUACAAUGAAGUAUUAUUCAGCCAUAAGAAGAAGAAAAUCCUGCCUUUUGCAACAACAUGGAUGGACUCUGAGAACAUUAGGCUAAGUGAAAUAAGUCAGACAGAGAAAGACAAAUACUGUGUGAGCUCACUUAUAUGUGGAACCUAAAAAACCGAAAUAUACAAACAGAAAGGAUUAGUGGUUGCCAGAAGCAGGUGUGAAAGGCAGAAGAGAUGGGUGAAGGUAAUCAAAAGGUACAAAAUUCUAGUUAGAAGAUAAGUUCUGGGGGUGUAAUAUGCAGCAUGGUGACUGUAGUUAACAAUACUGUACUGUAUAUUUGAAUGUCACUAAGUGAGUAAAUCUUAAAAGUUCUCAUCACAAGAAGAAACAUUUGUAACUGUGUGAGGUGAUGGGUGUUAACUUACUGUUGUAAUUAUCUUGCAAAAUAUACAAAUAUCGAAUCAUUAUGUUGUACACCUUAAAUGAAUACAAUGUUAAAUGUCGAUUAUAUCUCCAUAAAACGGAAGAAAAGGAGACUAUAAAGAGAGAAUGAGAGAACGAGGCAGGAGAACACUCAGGAUUUCUUACUUCUCAGUCUCCAAAAUCACAAGUGUCUCAGACAAAAGAGGAAAAAAGCAACUCCAUGAAAGAAAAUCUUGGUGCUGUAAGGUUUAAAAUGUACUCCUGACCCAACUCCACCAUUGAAAUCCUCCCCAGUGUUGCACAGCAAAGGAUCCCAAUCCUAGGAAGUGUUAAAUUGAAUUUCUGUAACAUAAAAUACAAAAAGUACUGUGAAGCAACAGUUACUAAAUCUGAAUUGGUGCAGGAAUAAAUCAGCAGAUCAAUGAGGCAGAUCAAUCAACAGAUCAGUGAGGCAGAAAUCAAGUCCAGGAAUAGACUCAAAUGCAUAAAGUAAUUUAAUAUAAAAUAAAGGUAACAUGGUGAACCAGUGGAAGAAAAUUGAUCACGCAAUAAUUGAUAUUGAGGUAAUUGGCUUGUCACUGGGAGAGAAGUAAGCUUAUUCCCUACACUAAAUGAAUUGGAGAUGGAUAAAAGACAUCUGUGUGUGCUAAAUACAUUGAAAAUAUAGUUUUUAGAGUAUCUGCUGGAACCAACCAUGCCACUGAUCAAAUAAAGAUGCAGAACUGUAAAACAGACCCAGUUUAUCAAAGC